CUCGUGGCGACUCUAAUAAUACGUUGGAGUUGCAUCUCCUCAACUUCUUCAACGUUCAGCUUUAUUUGGCUUUGUUCAACUCCCUGAUAUUUGAAAUUUGGCCUCGUGUGCCGUAUAUUGUGAUUUGAGAUGUUGAAUUAGCAUCGUUAGUUUAUCGUCUCUGUUGUUCUGACCCCGCCACACAGCUACAUCAUGUCGCACAAGACAAUCUCUCCGCGCCCAGUGCGUUUGGCCUCGGCUUGGGCGCAGUCCGUGGCGAUCCCACGACAUGGCAUGUGGGUUCGAAGAGUCGCUUCGGUUGCGGCAAAUGGCACUUCAACCCUGCCGCCCUUGGACGAAUCUCCUCCCCCAGUGCCAGCAUCAUUAAGGCCGAGCCCUCGGCGGAAGCUGCUCCGGGAUGCCAAGCCCUUUUCGGACUUCCUCACGGACACCUUCCACCGGCAGCACGACUACCUGCGUAUCUCGCUCACGGAGAAAUGCAAUUUGCGCUGCAUAUACUGUAUGCCUGAGGAAGGGGUGCCGCAGUCGCCCCACAGAGAGCUGCUGACCACUCCCGAGAUCAUUAUGUUGUCGUCCAUAUUUGUAUCACAGGGGGUCAACAAGAUCCGGCUCACGGGUGGCGAGCCGACUGUGCGGAGAGACAUCCUACCUUUGAUGCAGCAAAUAGGGGCACUCAGACCCUAUGGCCUGCGGGAGCUGUGCCUUACCACCAACGGUCUGGCGCUCCAUCGAAAGCUUGAAGGCAUGGUCGAGGCAGGUUUGACCGGCGUCAACCUCAGCCUCGACACCCUAGAUCCAUGGCAAUUCCAGAUCAUGACGCGCCGGAAAGGCUUCGACGCGGUCAUGAAGAGCAUCGAUACCAUCUUUGAGCUCAACCGCCAUGGCGCCGGCAUAAAGCUCAAGAUCAACGCCGUGGUCAUGCGAGGAAUUAAUGAUCGAGAGAUUAUCCCUUUUGUCGAAAUGACCCGCGAGAAGAAUAUCGAGGUAAGAUUCAUCGAGUACAUGCCCUUUGAUGGCAACAAAUGGAACGAGGGCAAGAUGCUCAGCUAUUCUGAGAUGCUGGACGUGAUCCGCGACAAGUAUCCCAGUUUGGAGAAAGUGCGAGACCACGAGAACGACACAAGCAAGACGUGGAAAAUCACCGGGUUCGUGGGCAAAAUAGGCUUUAUCACCAGUAUGACCCACAACUUUUGCGGGACUUGUAACCGCUUGCGCAUCACAAGCGAUGGAAAUCUCAAAGUCUGCCUAUUUGGUAAUACCGAGGUGUCUUUGCGGGAUAUUCUGAGGAAGUCGAACAAUGACGAGCCCAUUGAGGAGGCGGCAUUUGAGGCCAUGAAGAAGAUCGAGAUGGACCGACGGCAAGGCUUGGCCGAUGCCAGCAAACCUCUCGGUCUGGCUCCAAAUGAGCAGGAACUGCUGGAUGUGAUCGGCAUGGCCGUGAAGCGGAAGAAAGAGAAGCAUGCGGGUAUAGGCGAGCUGGAGCACAUGAAGAAUAGACCGAUGAUUCUAAUAGAUUCAGGGGGCCAAGUGCCAAGUAUGGCAUCAAUGCCGAACUCGUGGAGGACAAUAAGAUACACAUCUACAGCAACGUCACUAGUUAGAGCAGUGCCUAUGCAUCUCUUGUCGCAAGGCCUAGACAUCAACCGGCAAAUACGACUAUUCUCGAGCUCUCAUCACCAUUGCAAGGACGACACCGGCGCGAGGCUGACCCACGUUUCUGAUUCCGGGUCAGCACACAUGGUUUCGAUAUCAGACAAAACGCCCACGAAGAGAACCGCGAAGGCGGUUUGCAGCGUCAAGUUCUCCGAUGAAACGGCGUUCAGACUGAUCAGCGAGAACCAAAUGAAGAAGGGGGACGUUCUGGGCGUCGCCCGCGUGGCUGGUAUCAUGGCUGCGAAGAGGACUUCAGACCUCAUCCCACUGUGUCAUCCAAUUUCCAUCUCCAAGGUUACCGUGGACCUCGCCGCCGCAAGCCCACAACCUGCGAAGCCAGGGGGUCCUGUAUCCGAUGCUCGAGGAAAUUAUCGGGUAGACAUCGAAGCCACGGUUUCAUGUGAAGGCAAAACUGGUGUCGAGAUGGAAGCACUCACUGCAGCUUCGACGGCAGCCCUUACGGUCUACGAUAUGUGCAAGGCAGUUGACAAGGGCAUGGUCGUGGAAGGACUUCGAGUCGUCUUGAAAGAGGGAGGCAAGUCUGGGACAUGGGUUGAAGGUAUAAAUGAGAAUCUGCCUCAACCGUGAUCUGACUUAGCUGUCUAUGCGACUAUAAUGCAUCUCAUUCACAUGUUACACACUCAACAAUCUCCAACCUUCACAUGACUUCGCCUUGUACAGCCGUUGUUCGAUCAGUAUGCAUGUCCAAAUACUAGCCCACCACUCCCGGCACGUUCAUAGUGCCAAGACAUAUUCAUGCUCCAAAGAGGC